AUGCCUGACCCCAACCAUCCCUCCCCGGACUCAACCCUUUUCACCGACCAUCGCCUGCGAAAGUCUUCGAUAGACCACCAUGCAGAUCAAUGGCGACCACAUCCAUCUCGCCGAUCCCUACCCUCUUUCCUACGACCAUCCUAUCAAUCCCGCCUUCUCCACAAACUCGAUGCCUUUACUGAUAGGCUAGUGGCCAUAUUGAAAGCUCCUCGGCCGCGGAGGUAUCUGGCAACCUUCCUCGUCGCUGGCGUGUUCCUAUUGCUCUUGUGGACGCAGUUUCUUUCAAACUUUGUGCAAGAGGAACGAGCCGUGUGGGAGGCUUUGAAGGGAGACAUGAAGCCCUCCACAGCCGACCACUUCGGCAUCAACAUCAGGCCCCAUUUCCCCAAUAUGAUACACAUGCAGGAUUUGGAUCCCAGGCUUCUGCCAGAUUCCUCUAAGCAUAAGUCAGGCACAACAUCGGAGAAGAAGCGCCUUAUUUUUGUAGGAGAUAUUCAUGGCUGCAAGGCUGAGCUGGAACAAUUGCUAGCAAAAGUCAACUUUGAUCCGAAGACAGACCACCUGAUUGCCGCUGGAGACAUGGUGGCCAAAGGACCGGACACUGCCGGUGUAGUAGAUCUUCUUCGGGCGUACAAGGCUUCUUGUGUUCGAGGAAAUCAUGAAGACCGCCUGCUUCUGGUCGCAGAUCAGGUCAAGUCAGCAUCAUUGAGGACCAACAAGCCGAAAAGCGGCAAAAGUCCAGAUAAGUCUCUCCAGGAUUCAUUCACUGCAGACACGCCCGAGAUGCAACUUGCCAAAGCUCUGAACGCUGAACAGCUUGAUUACCUGAGGCGUUGUCCGGUCAUUCUCCGGGUUGGGGAAAUGAAAGCAUUUGGUGGGCAAGUCGUGGUCGUGCAUGGGGGACUUGUUCCUGGCGUUGGCCUUAUGGACCAGGAUCCGGCCUCUGUGAUGAAUAUGCGAGUCAUUGAUCUCAAGACUCAUGUUCCUUCCAAGAACCAUGAGCGGGCGGGAAGCGUCCCCUGGUAUCAUCUCUGGAACAAAUACCAACAGCUAGUACCUGCGAAGCAACGCCUUGCAGGAUACAGAGACAGCGGAAGAUGGUCAUCGCCAACGUCUCACACGACUGUGGUCUAUGGCCAUGAUUCCAAAAAAGGUCUCCUACUGAAGACCUACACCAAAGGUCUAGACUCUGGAUGUGUCAGGGGGGGCAAACUCACCGCUUUGGUUGCGGGGGACAAUGGCAAGCAACACAUUGUUCAGGUCAAAUGUAAAAAAUCUGCUACUGGUGCUCUGGCAGAUUGAAAGUUGCAGCCAGGGCUGGUCCUCUGGCCACAACCUUGAGAUUAAUUGUGAUCAAAAUGAAAAUUUAA